AUAAUUUAGUGGAUUUUCUCCUUUCAAAAAGGGAUCACAACAUCAAGAAAGCAAAGAUUAUAUAAGAGCGAAAGCAUCUUGGAUUGUCUUUAAAACGAACUUAAUGAGUACGUAAUUUUAGUCAAUAUGCACAAAUUCUAUUGCAACACAAACUCAAAAGUUUUUUACUUUCCCCAUUUUUUAAAGUACUCAAAAACAUCACCAGCUGUGCUUCAAACACUUCCAAUGUGGCUUUUCAGGUAAUCUUCCAUGUGUUCAGGGCAUAUAUUAUUUGCCAUUAUUUUUACUUUUUUUAGCACUUCAAAAGAUUAAGGAGCCUUUUUAGGCACUUUAUAAAUCAAACUUUUGAUAACACAUUGCCAUGCAUGCCCAUUUCCCAUCACACUAUGCAUUUUCAUUCCAAAAUGUCAUUUUUACAUAACCAUGCAUUUCGAUUAUGUACUUCGAUGCUCUUUUUAUUUUACCGUUAAUUUAAAAUAACUUGACACGUAUAUCUUAUAGAUUAAAAUAACAAAAGUAUAAAACGGUCAAAUUAGACAUAAAUAUAUAUCCUUUUCUCUUUUGAGGAUAGAAGAAAAUGGAUAAGAACGGAAAGUGUGAGAGAAAUAAGGGGUUUUUAACUUUUUUUUUUUUUUACUUUAGGAACCCCGUAAAUUUUUGAGAUUAAUGAUGCCUCCCUUAAAUGAAAUCUCAACAGUCAACAAAGUGGUAAAAAAGAAAAGUCAGCAGAUUCAAAAUUUCAAACACCAGUAAAAUCACUGUUUACCACAUUUUUUACUUUUAGUGAAAAAGAAUAAUAAAAAAAAAAGGUUGUGAAAAGAAGGAACAAAAGGGAACACAGUUCCGAGACCAAUGCCUCGGUUCAUUCUGCUCCACCACCAAAGAUGUGAAACCCUUUUCUCUUCUCUUCACUCUCUCUAUCCUCUUCUCUGUUUCCCCCUGUUUUCUAUCCAUGAUUAUAUUUUUCCUCGAGAAUGCCACCUGAAAUCUGCAAUUUUUUUUUCCCUGUAGUUUAAUCAUGAUUAUUAUUACACAGAUUUGGAUCGAACUUCCCCCAUUUUUUUAACAAUUCUUUUUCCAGUACAUAAAAAUAAUUUUGUUCUGAUUCUUUGUUGUUGAAGCAAAAACGAACCUUCACCGAACUAAUCUCUGUCUCUUAAUCUAUACUCCAGAACUUGCACCUAAUUUUUUGAAAGCCCCAUCUCAACCAAUCCUUUCUGGGGUGGUUGAAUUCAUAGAGGGAAGAAGGAAAUAAAAAGAUAAAAAAAAAAUGUUGGAGUUACCAUCUUCUUCCCAGAAAAAACCCACGAAAAGCAGAGGAUUCUAUGUUAGGAUGAGGAUUCCGAGCAAUCCGAGUGCCGGAAGACAUGGAAGAGCUGUACAAUCAAUCGAAAGAAGCUCUUGUUACAGAUAUUUCAAAUGGCUUCUUUGGAUUUCUCUUUCUCUUUACUUCCUCUCAUCCUUUCUAAUCACUCACAACAAUAAACCUUCCCCUUCUCUGUCCCAAACAACCAUUCUUCCUCACUCCAAAGCUUCUCGUGCUCUGUUUGAAUCCCUCAAUUCCACUGCUUCUGUUAACCUUCCUUCACUUAAGCAAGGUUUGUUCAAGGGAUUAAAGGUAUUCAUAUAUGAAUUGCCAUCGAAAUACAACAGUGAUUGGCUGAAAGGCGAGAGAUGUAGUAACCAUUUAUUUGCAUCCGAGGUGGCCGUACACAAAGCCUUGUUAACCAGUGAAGUUCGGACGUUUGACCCAUGGGAGGCUGACUUUUUCUUCGUCCCUGUUUACGUUUCCUGCAACUUCAGCACCGUUAAUGGCUUUCCUGCCAUUGGUCAUGCCAGAACUCUCUUGGCCUCAGCGGUUGAACGAGUUUCUUCGGAGUUUCCCUUUUGGAAUCGCAGCCUUGGCUCCGACCAUGUCUUUGUUGCAUCCCAUGAUUAUGGUGCUUGUUUCCACGCCAUGGAGGAUAGAGCUAAGGCUGAAGGAAUACCGGAGUUCAUGAAGAGGUCAAUUGUAUUGCAAACUUUUGGGGUCCUCUACGAUCACCCGUGUCAAAACGUGGAGAAUGUGGUGAUCCCACCUUACAUUCCGCCGGAAAGUGUACGGAAGACGCUGAAGAAGUGGCCGAUCGAUGGCCGGCGUGACAUCUUCGCGUUUUUCCGGGGUAAAAUGGAAGUCCACCCGAAAAAUGUCAGCGGCCGAUUCUAUAGCAAGCGGGUGAGGACGGUGAUUCUGCAGAAAUACGGGAGUGAUCGGAGGUUUUAUUUAAAGAGACAUAGGUUUCCCGGUUACCAGUCAGAAAUUGUUCGAUCAACGUUUUGUUUGUGUCCAUUGGGAUGGGCCCCAUGGAGCCCCCGGUUAGUUGAAUCCGUUGCCCUGGGUUGCGUCCCGGUGAUCAUCGCCGAUGGUAUCCGGUUACCCUUCCCCGCCGCCGUUCCCUGGGCCAAAAUAUCCGUCACGGUGGCGGAGAAGGACGUGGCAAAGCUAGGCCCGAUCUUGGAACACGUCGCCUCCACCAACUUAACCGCCAUACAGAAGAACCUCCGGGACCCAAACGUUAGAAAGGCUCUACUUUUCAACGAUCCGAUGGCGGAAGGGGACGCCACGUGGCAGGUGUUGGAAUCCUUAUCGGACAAGCUCGACAGGUCCCAUAGGAAGUCAAGGGUUUCGAGCCAAUGAGGGGGUACCACGUGGCGGGUUUGGGCUCGGCAGCCCCAUCAGCGCCAGCUAAGAUCCGGCACAUUUCUCGACGUGGAGAAUUGGAUUUGUGUUAGUGGGUGACAGCUAAGAGGGUUACAAACUUACAAUUAUGUUGCUCACUGGGAAGUGGGAGGACAAGAAGAAGAAUUGAAUGGAAGUGAAAUGAAGAAAUCAAAUCCCACGGUAAAAAAAAAAAUUGUAUAGAGAAAAAGUGUAGAUAGUAAAAAAAAUUUACAUUUAUAUGGACUUUGGGGGUGGUCCAUUUGGGUCCUGGGAAGGAGGAGAUUAGGACAAUAGAUUUGAUGAUAAAAACGUUGGCAGAUUGGUGGGACAGGGUUAAGGUUAGCUCAAUUUGGGAAAAGUGGGAUAGGUAUAAAUUUUCAUUUUGGAGGUUUUUGGGGGAUUUGGCGGGACACUACUACCACUGAUUGAUUAAUGUUGUUUUGUACAUGUGAAGAGGAAUAAUUCUUUAUUUUUUUUGUUGAUUCUUUUAUCUCUUCUGGGGUUUUUUUGAGAAAAAUAAAACCAAAGAUGAACCAAAUCAUAUGGAAAAUUAGAUGUACUUUCUUCAUUUCAAUUUAUAGGUCGUUUUAAGUUUGAAUUUUUUUUCAAAAUACAGGUCAUUUUGUAAAUUCUAGGUAAAUUAAUAAUUAUUUUUUCAAUUGUUACUCUCAAUAAAUGAUGUCUAUAUAUUUUUAUUUAAUCUUGUUUAUAAUUUGAAUAUGAUUAAUGAGGAAUAAAAUAUAUAUUUAACACACAAAUUAAUUGUUGAAUGAUUUGUUUUCUUAGUUUAAUUGCAAAGGCUAAACUGACUUGAAUUUUGAAGUGGAGGGGUACAUGAUUUUUAUGCAUUGUAACUUUGAAGGGUUAUUAUUGAUUGGAGGGCUUUGAAAUUUUUUUUUUUGCAUUUAUUGAUGGUACACUGAAAAUUUACAGUGAGGGGAGGAGACAAUAUUAAGAUGGCCAGCAAGUUGACAGCUAAGAAGUGUCAGAACUUUUAAUGUCAAAGACUGAAUACUGAAUUGGGGGAGUGGGGCUGAGGAUGGGGGGCGGUGGUGGACCGGCGGUGGUGGUGGACACAUCAAAAUGAAUGGGUCACGGAUUUUGGAAUCAAACCCAGCAGCACAGUUUACCAAAUGAUGCAUUCUGCAACGAUUCAGAAAACUACAGUAAUGUUUUUGCUAUUAUAUGUUGCAUCAUUUUCGAUAAGCUUCGGAUACGGAUAGAGCUCCAUUUUGGAUGGAUGCAAGCUUUUGGACACACAUUACAUUUGGGAAUGCAGUUUAUGAGUUUUUAAUAAGUAUUGAAUAGACUGUUUACUUUUGUUAAUGUGUUUACUUCGGCACGUAUGUUUGGUUCGUUUUUUUAAUGUGUGUUUUUAUGUGUUUUUUGUAUUUAGAAUAGAAAAAGUUGUAUCAAAAAUGUAAAAGGUUAUGCUAGAAUGGGAC